CACAAAUUAUAAAGAACCGAUUUAUUUUCCUUUAAGAUAAUAAUAAAGUGUACAUGUAUACAUUCCUCAAUCGCCAUUAAUAAUACUGAGUAAUAUAAACUGCUUAAAAUGGGUGAUAUGUGACGAAUAAAUUGUUGGCAAGUAAACAGGCAUUGUAAGCUAACACAUUUUCAGGGUAUGAUGUUAAGGACAAUUUUAAAACAAUGUUAUUAGUAAAGCACUUCCGCAGUGUGCCUAUGACCCGCACUGCUGCUUUCCGAGAGAAGAAAGUUGGUUGGCUAGCGAGGAAAACACGUCGCUGUUCCGGAACAACCUUCAGCAGCUGCCCAACAGCAUCCUCCUCCAGCUUGCAGAGUCUCAGUAAAGAGUUAUUGAGCAACUCCAACGGGAUGGCUCAGUUUCAGGAAGUGAUGCGACAGCAGCUGGAGAGCUCUAUGCAUGUUGAGCUGGAGAAACUCUUAAGCACAGCCAAAGGUGCAGGUGCUGAGGUCUCUAAAAAGGAUUUUGAAGGCUUCAGGAAGUUAUUCCACCGAUUUCUCCAAGUCAAGGGACCUUCAGUAGAGUGGCCGAAAAUCAACAGGCCCCCUGAGGACUCUAUCCAGCCAUAUGACAAGAUCAAGGCGAAGGGUCUACCUGACAACAUAGCAGACAGUCUGAAUAAGCUGGUGGUGGUGAAGCUGAAUGGAGGUCUGGGAACCAGCAUGGGCUGCAAAGGGCCCAAGAGCCUCAUUAGUGUCCGCAACGAAAACACUUUCUUGGACCUAACUGUUCAACAGAUCGAGCACUUAAAUAAAACGUAUAACGCUGAUGUUCCAUUGGUGCUCAUGAACUCUUUCAAUACGGAUGAAGAUACCAAGAAGAUCCUACAGAAGUACACGCACCACAGAGUUAAGAUACACACUUUCAACCAGAGCAGGUAUCCACGAAUAAAUAAGGAGUCUUUGUUGCCAGUUGCUAAGGACAUGGGUAUGACAGGAGAGAAUGGAGAUGUGUGGUAUCCUCCUGGACACGGUGACAUUUAUGCCAGCUUUUAUAACUCUGGUCUGUUGGAGCAGCUCAUCGCAGAAGGGAAAGAAUACAUUUUUGUAUCCAACAUUGAUAACCUGGGUGCAACAGUAGAUCUGUAUAUACUCAACCAUCUUGUGAGCCAGCCCAAUGGCAAACGCUGUGAGUUCAUCAUGGAGGUCACAGACAAGACUAGAGCUGAUGUAAAGGGAGGUACGCUCAUUCAGUAUGAUGGUAAGCUUCGGUUACUGGAGAUUGCCCAAGUUCCCAAGGCUCAUGUAGAUGAAUUCAAAUCAGUGACCAAGUUUAAGAUAUUCAACACCAACAAUCUGUGGAUCUCUCUAUCUGCCAUAAAGAGACUACAGGAACAGAAUGCCAUGGACAUGGAAAUUAUAGUCAACCCUAAGACAAUAGACGGGGGAUUGAAUGUUAUUCAGCUGGAGACCGCAGUGGGUGCUGCCAUCAAGUGCUUUGAUAACGCCUUGGGCAUCAACGUCCCACGCAGCCGUUUUCUGCCUGUCAAAACCACAUCUGACCUCCUGCUGGUUAUGUCCAACCUGUACAGCCUAGAUGCAGGGUCUCUCACCAUGAGCGAGAAACGAGAGUUCCCCACAACUCCUCACGUCAAACUGGGCAGCUCCUUCACCAAGGUUCAAGAAUAUAUCACACGCUUUGAGAGCAUUCCUGACAUGCUGGAGCUGGAUCACUUGACAGUGUCUGGUGAUGUGACUUUUGGAAAGCAUGUUUCUCUGAAGGGAACCGUUAUCAUUAUAGCGAACCAUGGAGAUCGAAUUGACAUUCCAGCUGGCUCUAUGUUAGAAAAUAAGAUAGUGUCCGGAAACCUUCGGAUCCUGGACCACUGAUGCAUUUGUGUAGAAUGACCUGGAUAAAGAAUCAUAUGACAGACCCACACCUGCCACUGUCCAUAUCCUGACCACGGCCACAAAAUCAACAUUCCAGUCCAUUCCAUGAUGGAAAAUAAGUGUUUGGGAAUCUGCAAAUCCUAGAGCACCGACAUUUCUAUGUCAAGAGACCUAGAUGCUGAAUCACUUGACCAACCAACACCUUCCACUCUCAGAGCCGCUAUCAGAGGUGCUGAUCUCAGCACCAGUGAUCCCAUUUCAGAGACAUUUAUUUUUUUGAAGUAGCUUGUGUUUCUUUGUUUGUUUUCUGUCCCUUAUUGUUUCUCAAAUGUAAUGUACGUCACAAAUCUCAUUGUUUUGUUUUAGUUUUUUUACUCUGAGAAUGCAGUAUUUUUCUCUUGUCGUACCUAUGGAAUCACGAACUGACCUUGCAGCGUCUGUGUCCUACAUGCUGAAAAAUGUGAAAGGAGUGCAAAGCAAUAAGUGUUGUGUGACAGUGAAGGCUGACGGUUCCGUCUUUUUUUCUAGAACAUGUUCUAGAUCCUAAAAAUUCUAUGGAACUAAAUAAAGUGCAAUAUGGAACAAGAAGAACA